ACUGUACUCUAUGCUCUUCGUUUGACAAUUGACGUGCUCGAUUGGUUUUACCACGAUACGUGCCGUGCUUUUAAUAUAGAAAUACGAUUACGUGUAAUAAAUGUUUGCAAGAAACAAGGAACAAAGAGGGAAUUUAAGAGAGAUCCGUUUUUCUAACCAGAACAUGUACCGUUAAGCACGUGUACAGAGGUCAGCGAUUUGGCGUCUUCUUAGUAACAUAUUCCUAGUGACUUUCAUUCCUCUGCGUUUCGCCGCGAAAUUGACAACGCCAUUGGAAACUUUCGAUUCAUUUAUCUUAUGAAUCUAUCUUAUGAAUAAACGAUGGAAAUUUGUAUCGACUGCCUCGAAUCAGCGCGAAACGCGAUCGAGGGUGGUGCAACGAGGCUCGAAGUCUGCGUAUCUUUGUCCGAGGGUGGUUUGACCCCGACACCUGGUCUCGUAAGAAAAAUCAAAAGCUUCUCGCCGGUACCCAUCUACGUGAUGCUUCGAUUACGCGCCGGUGGCUUUGCGUACACGGAAGAAGACAUGGACGUGAUGUUACAAGAUCUAAAAAUCCUCAAGGAUCACGGCGCAGACGGUUUCGUGUUCGGGGCGUUGACGUCGAACAACGAAGUCGACGAAGAAUUUUGUAAGAGCGUUCUGUCCGCCGCUGGUCCUUUACCAGUUACAUUUCAUCGAGCUUUCGACGAGGUCAACGACCCCAUAAAGUCAUUGGACACCUUGAUAAAGCUCGGUUUCGAGAGAGUCUUAACUUCCGGUCAGAGGGACACGGCUGACGAAGGUCUUGAGUUGAUAAAACGGCUCGUUGAAAGGGCUCGAGAUAAGAUUAUUAUUAUGCCAGGUUCCGGGAUUACUAAGGAUAAUAUUCUGAGAGUGAAAAGCGUCUCCGGGGCGAAGGAAUUCCACGCUUCCGCUAAGAAGAGGGCGGUUUUCGCCGGAGGGAACAGAAUUAAAAUUGGCUCGAGCAAGGAGAAUUGCGCGAUGGUGACCGACAGCGAGUUGGUUAGAAAAAUGGUGGACGUUGUAACGAUCCGAUCGUGAUAGUAUGCAUGUUUAAACCGAGAUAUUGCCCUGAAACACGCGGACCUGUUUCUUGCGUAACGAAUCGAUGAAUUUCACACCUAACGAUCGAUCAUCUAACACCUUUAACACCGACGACGCACUCUUGACAUUUCGGUUAGAAACCUGGUGCACUAGCAUUUUAGAAAAUUUCAUAAUUAACGAGCAUCGAUUAUUCGUGUGGAAUAUUAUUAGAAGGGUAUCUGUAUGAUUUUUGCUCAAGGAAGUCGACGAUUUUCGAAACGCGAGAAAAUACUUGGACUUGAAAAUAAGUACACGACUGUAGCGUGGUUACUUCGCUGCGGGUAAGACGCGGAGAAUUCGUAGGACAGAAAAAUUUUAACGGCAGA